AUGGCUGAAGCUGUUCAGGAUGUCUUGAAAGGAAGACCGUACCAUCUAGUUGGCCACGAUGUGGGCGGAUGGAUUGCUUACCCUUGGGCUGCUCAAUUUCAAUCAAGACUCAAAUCGCUCAGUAUACUCGACGCGUCAGUGCCGGGCUUCAUGCCCCAGCUGCAGUUUCCCUUGCCUCGGGAGACCAACAUGCGUCUUUGGCAAUUCUCGUUCAACGCGCUUCCUGAAUUACCGGAGAUUCUCACUCGCGGCCGUGAGCGGGAGCUCCUGACCUGGUUCUUCCAUUUGAAGACGGUUCAUGCGGAUGGUUUACCCAAAAACCAAUUGGAACGCUAUAUCCAGGCCUAUUCGAGACCAGGCGCAAUGAGCCGGGGGUUCGAGUAUUAUCGAGCUUUUGAAACAAGUGCGAAGCAGAAUCUGGAAUAUGCGAAAACACCACUCGAUCUCCCGGUUCUAGCUUUAGGUGGGGCCAGCUCCGUCGGUUCGGAUAUGAUUCGCUUGGUCCAGAACUUCGCGGCCAACGUUUCGGGGGGCGCUAUUGAUGAUUGCGGGCACUUUCUCCCCGAAGAGCAACCAUCUGCUGUCGCGCAUAGACUGCUGGAGUUUCUGGAGGCAAACCACACAGAAUGA